AUUGAGCAUGCGCAGAACACGUUGUAAACAAUGAGACUAUUCCAGACCGUCUCCAGCUUUGUGUCUAUCCAACAGUUUAUCUGUGCAAAACUAAACUAUUUCUAAUAGCUCUGCGUACAUACAAUAAAAAUGUUCCUCGGGAGCUGAAGCAUGGAGGCGGUUCUGAGCAGGUUGAGGGGGCUGAGUGCCGAUGAACUGAUCGAGGAAUUUGCCCGAGCAGACCUCAAGUGCGGACCCAUCACAUCUACUACCAGAGCCAUCUAUGAGAGGAAGUUGGCCCGAGUUCUGGCUGGACCAGAGAGCGAUGAAACGGACAGCGGCUCCUCAGCAGGCGUCUCGGGCAGUGCGGCUGACCACGUGAAACCUGUGUCAUGUGCCACUUCAGCAGCUACACACGCCACAGUGGCAAAAAGCAGCAGCAGCUCCUCCGAGGCAGCCGGCGAAGAGUUGGACUUUGGCUAUGGUGUGGGUCUCAACCCUCCAGAGGAAGAUGAUGUCUUAGUACAGACGACUUCGAACAGCUCGACUGAGGCCAGUAACUCUCAGUCCAAAACGGAAACUCCUUCCAAGCCAGCACAAGUGUCCCCAACCUUUUAUUAUGGAGUAUGUCCACCGUGGGAAGAUGUCUUGUCUAGAAAUGAGGGAGCACAUGUAUACACGGAUAAGAAAGAUGCCCUUCAAGCUGUAAAGAUGAUGAAGGGAGCCCGCUUCAAACCCUUUCCCAACCGUGAGGAUGCUGAGAAGUUUGCUAAGGGGAUCUGUGACUAUUUUCCCUCUCCCAGCAAAUCUACACCCUGUGUGUCUCCUAUAAAACCAGGCCUGGUCAUGAGUAAAGAAAACGUGGAGGUUGAUGCCAUCAACAGGGAGCGAGCAAACAGUUUCAAGAGUCCACGCAGUCAAGACCUGACAGCCAAAUUAAGGAAAGCUGUGGAAAAGGGCGACGAGUCAGCUUUCAGUGACCUGAUCUGGAGCAACCCGCGCUAUCUUAUUGGCUCAGGGGAUAAUCCCACUAUUGUGCAGGAGGGCUGCCGGUACAAUGUCAUGCACGUGGCGGCGAAGGAGAACCAGGCAGGGAUCGCUCAGCUGCUGCUGGAUACCUUGGAAAACCCAGAAUUCAUGCGCCUCAUGUACCCAGACGACCAGGAAGUCAUGCUGCAGAAACGUAUCCGCUACAUUGUAGAUCUUUACCUCAACACUCCAGAUAAGGCUGGCUUCGAAACACCACUUCACUUUGCCUGUAAGUUUGGGUGUCCAGAUGUGGUCAAUGUCCUGUGCUCGCAUCCUGACAUCGAUAAGAACCGGAAGAACAAGGAUGGCCAGAAGCCUAGUGAUCUUAUUUGUAGCAGGAAAAAUAAAACGGAGGAAGUGAAAAGCAAGAUAAAUGACUACUUGGAAGAUCGCUGCUAUAUCCCUUUGCUGAGGGCAACCGACAACACCUCUCAGCCCAUUAUUGGUGCUCCAUGGUCACCUGAAUCCUCAGAAAGUCUCUCGCUAAUCCAGCGACACACAAGAAGCCCCAUGGAUCCCGUGAUGGCCGUCACAGCCUUUGCUGGCCCACUGAGCCCUUCUAAAGCAAAUGACUUUCGUCGGUCCUGGAAGACGCCACCCAGAGACCGAGCAGAACUGUUCCACCACAUUCUGAAGUCUGAUCCUGACCGAGGGGCAGAGAGAGUGGGCAGAGAUCUUGCUCAUGAGAUGGGCCACCCCUGGGCCGAGUACUGGGACUUCCUAGACAGUUUUGCGGAUUUGUCCUCGGCUGAGGGACUUCGCAAACUGGAGGAGUACCUGAGCAAGAAGGAUUUCAGCCCACGGACUCAUGAAGAAACAGGAGAGAAUGAAACCAGCAACAGGUUCAAAACUCCUUCUCCAGGUAAGCCCAAGAAGUUCUGCAAUUCCAUUUCUGUCGGUGCCUUCCUGGACGAGGGUGAUGAUAUCAGCCUUGAGGAGAUGAAGAACCGUCAGAACGCAGCACUCACCAGCAUCACCUCCUCUGCUGCAUCCAAGGACGUUCUGAAGGGAGCUGUGGGUGGCCGUGAGUUCCACAUUGCACUGCACCACCGCGGGGCCGACCUGAUUGAGACCGCCGCUGAGCAGGACCUGCUUUGCUGCUGCAACGACGGCCUCCUGUCACCUGGUGUUGUCUGCAAAAACGGAGUGUGCUCCUCCGCCAGAGAUAGGACUCACAAUGGAGACAAGGUGUCCCCACGCACCUCCCCGUCCUCCUCUUGCCUGCUGUCGCCUAUCUCCAAUCUCAUGGUGGAGUUUGAGCGCAUGUCACUGCAGGAGCCGCUGGACAGUCCCACCAGCUGCAGGGAGAGGAGGAGCAGUGGUGGGAGCCGCCACAGGGAGGUCCGGGACUCUUACAGCUCCUCCUCAGCCACAGACCUGAGCUCCGGGCUGAACCGCCUGUCUCUUGGUCACAGCAGUCAGGAUGGGGAGGCCAUGGAUGGGCCGGGCUGGAGAACAGAGGCAGUAGGUACAGAGGAGAGGCGCAGCAGUGGCAGCUCUGAGGAGUACUUUGAAGCAGAGGAGAGUCUGGAGGUGCUCGGUAGGACUAGGGGGUCUGUGUCGGGGGUUCGCAACUUCUGCGCUAGGUCCAAAUCAUGGGAUCAUGGGGGCAGGGACCUGAGCAGCUCAGGAUCCUCUGGGUCCUCUUAUAAGUCCUUAGAUAACUCCCAUGAGUUCCUACCCAGGACCCCACCGCACAUUAGAAGAGGACUUUUUAUUGACGGGGAUUCACCAACUAAAUUGGACAGAGAGGUCUUGUCAGCAAUAGAGGCCAUCGACAUCGAUCCCCAGAAGUAUCCUAGUAUUCAUAAGUGGAAGAGCACAAUGAAGUCGUACUCUGCCUCAGACAUGCAGAGCUGGCCUAGCCCUGCGGUGGUAAAACCUCGACUCAGGAUGCAGCAACAGACUCCCGGCUCCCCCAUCAGCGGCCUGAUGUCUCCCACCGGUCGCUUCAGUCCUGCCCGGCACGCUGCCUCACCAGAUUUCAGCCCCAGCCGUUACAGCCCUGCCAAUGUUAGCUACAUCCAGCGCAUCCGCCUCAAGCACUUGAACGAGCCACCGGUCUAACUGCCCCCGCCCACCCCCACCCCUCCCCUACUUCUACACCGCGGCCAUACCCUCUCCAAGUCCUGCCUUCCUUCCCCACUACAAACCCAGCUGCACCCAGGUGGUCACACCAGAGCUCAGAAACCACAAACCUAACAGAAAUAUGCACAAGUGUCUGGAAGAUUUGUAUUGAUUAUGUAUGGUACUACUCCUAUGUAAUACAGGAAUCCUCAUCACGUUGGGUUGUGAUGUAAACUCAAGACUUUAAAAAGGAAAAAAAAGAAACCUUGAUAAUUUAUGUACUGUAUGGGUGUGGACCACGUGGAAUUGAUGGUAAUGUUGUUUGUGGCAAGUGUGAAGCACCUGUAUCGAAGCCUGAAUCAACUUUUUUUGAAUAUCGUGAACACAAGCCACACUCCCCAAAGUUAGUUGGUCACUAAAACUUCAGUGUGGAACCCUCAACAGGAUUCUGUCACUGAAGGUGUUCUUAAAAAAAGUAAAAUGUUAAUAUUUUAAAAAUUAUUUUUUGUAUGUUGGUCAGUAGCACAAAAAUUAAAUGUUUUUAUUAAUGGUGUUAAAACCGACUGCCAUUUCCUAUGUUUAUCCUCAGUUCAGGAAUUGCCUUAAUUUUCUGAAGUGAUGGACCAGUUCUCCAUGUUUUUAUUUUGUUCUUAAAUAAAUGCAUACAUUUUCCAUCUUUUCUUGGUGGUUCCUGGACAUGUCUUGACUUUUCCUUUCUGCCACUAUCGGCAGCCUUAGACAGUGCAAUUUUUUUUUCCUCUGAAAUAUUUGAUCACAAGCGUCUCCCACAGUGUAUGAAUGACAAAACACACCCAUCAGUAAAGUAUUAUUUUAAAUUUGACUUGUCUGGGCUGAACUGUAAAGAAAAAAAGCUUGGUCCGAUAUCACUUUAAAGCUAUAUUAAAUGAUUUUUAACCACUAGGGGGCAGAAAGACUCCAAAACUAACUCAAUAGCAACAAAACCCUGAUCUAUUUACUAGCUUACUAUGGCCUAUUAUGACCAUCUUGUUAACAAACAGAAACUGCCUUACGCUUACAGAGAACACAGCUGAUUAGUAGAAAGCUGCGUCGAGUCGGAAGCUGAUUCCAGUGGGAUUAGCACUACUUGCAACCCUUUAUACAUGACGAGAAGUAAUUUGAUUCAGUGUUAAUUUCAAAAAUAGUGCUUAAUAGAGCUUUAUUGCCCAAAGUUGCGUGUCAUUAAUAUAUUGGGUGCUUCAAAUUGGCUUACAGUAAUCCCAUGUACAUACGUCAGGUUCUUGCAGUUAAGUCUAAAGGUGGAACGUGCAAAAACCUGCUGUAUCCAAACUGUGUAGGAUGGGAAGAAAUUUACUGCUGUACGAGGGCUCCUCAGCUGUAUCUAGGAUGAAAAAAGCCAAUUAUCUUAACUAAGAUCGCCACUCUACUUAGGUUGAAGGAAACAAGUGUUCUGAAUGUAAUUUUCUUUUAUUCUUUUGGUGAACUUAACCUUUAUCCGAGAGCACAAACUACUUCACUGAGAAGAUUGUAUCGUCAUCCUCGUGCUCUCAGAUGACAACAGAUCUAAUUCUGGUCUCUGAAUGUUUAUGAAUGUGGAACUUUGCAAAAAUGCACCUAAAAAACUUAAAACAUGCUUCUUGUGCUUUUAGCAUUCUGUGCUUUAUUAAAAAUUAACUUUCAUGGUGACUUCUUUCUGUAUGUCUAGACCUCAUUUGCUUUCCAACUAAUCAAUAAAACAUCACUCCUACUUUA